UCGUCCCCCACAGCCGAUGGCCGGGGCGGCGUCGCGGUGGGAAUCCCGGGGCCUGGGCCCAGCUCACACGGCUCCAUCUGCCCCCGCACCAUGCAGCGAUCCUGCAGCACCCUGCGGGCUGCGCCGCGGCCCAUUGCACCUGCUGCUGCACGGGAGCACCCGCAAUGUCUCUGUGCGGAGGCCGCAAGCACCACGCGAAGCUGCUGCGAAGGUGGCGCCAUGCUCCUGGCUGCGGGUCCUACUGCUGCUCGUGGGUGCUGCGGCCAUGCCAGGAACCAGCGCCGGCUCCCACUGCUACCGGCAUUUCUACAUGGGGGUGUCAGAGCCAGGGCCAGGCGUGCCCGUCUUCACUGCCAUGGGCUACGUGGACGACCAGCGAAUUCUCCACUACGACAGCGAGACACAGAGACAGGAGCCGCGUGGGGACUGGGUGCAGGGGGCCGUCAGCCCUGACUUCUGGGACACGGAAACUUGGACCUUGUGGGACUGGCAGGACAGAUUUGAAUCAAACCUGGUCACCCUGCGGGAUCGCUACAACCAGACCAGGGGGUCUCACACGCUCCAGUUCAUGUACGGCUGUGAGCUCCACGAAGACAAGAGCACCGGAGGCUACAUGCAGUUUGGCUAUGAUGGGGGAGACUUCGUCAGCUAUGACCUGGGAACGCGCACCUGGGUAGCAGAAAUAACACAGGCCCAGGUCACCCAGCGCAGGUGGAAUGAGGAUAAGGCCCUUCUUCAAGAUGCAAGAGCCUACCUGGAGGAGACCUGCAUCGCGUGGCUGCGGCAGUUCCUGCAGCACGGGGAGGCAGCGCAGCAGAGCAAGCGUCCCAUGGCACAGGUGAGCGACAGGCCAUCCCGGGAUGGACGCACCACCCUGGCCUGCUGGGUCCACAGCUUCUACCCCAAGAACAUCUCUGUCGUCUGGCUGAGGAACGGGGAGGCGCAGCCCCAGAAGACGAGCUGCUCGGGGGUCCUUCCCAGCGGAGACGGGACCUUCCAGACCUGGGCCACCAUCGAGAUUGACCCGAGCAGCGACCACGACUACACCUGCAGCGUGGAGCACGUGAGCCUGGGGGCAGCCCUGAGAGUGGCCUGGGACAAGGGCAGGGCGGGUGAGUGA